AUGCACGCACGCCCAUAUUCACAACCUACUGUUUUCCAAUGCAAGCUUGCUGCAGGCGCGAUGAAGCGGGGGGAGGCGCGGCGGGUGGACGUGGCGUACAACGUGGAGGAGGAGGAGGAGGAGGUGGCGGCGGAGGACGCCAUGCGCGAGCAGGAGGCGUGGGAGCGCUCCUACGCCAACGACCGCUCCUGGGAGUCCCUGCAGCUUUCCUAUCCCUAUUCCCUUUUACCCCCCCACCCCCUCCCUCCCUCUCCCCUCAACACCCCCUCUGCGCCUCUUCCCCGGUGCGCCCAGGAGGACGAGAGUGGGCGGCUGCGGCCAGUGGACGUGGCGGGGCAGCAACGCAGCGAGAGGGAGAGGCGGCGGCGGCAGCAAGCGGGGCAGGCGGGGCGGGUGGGGGUGCAGCGGGUGCGGCGAGGCAUCAUCCGCUACCUCGUGCUCGCCCUCGACUUCUCCCGGGCGGCGAGUGAGGGGGACAUGAAGCCAUCGCGCAUGGCAGCCAUGGCGCGGGGCAGCGAGGCAUUCAUCCUCGACUUCUUCGACAGCAACCCCCUCAGCCACGCAGCCCUGCUGCUGCUGCGAGACGGCGUCGCCCAGCAGCUCUCGGAGCUCACCUCGCCGCCCGACGCGCACAUCAAGGCGCUGCACUCCAACCUCUCCGCCUCGGGCCCCGCCUCCCUGCAGGGUACCACCCCGCCUCCCUGCAGGUCGCGCACCUCUAUGCUGACGUGCCACCAUGCUUUCAACUCAACCUCCAUCACGCUGCCACCCUGUCGUCUCUACAUGCCUUCACCUACACUCCACAUGUCACGCCUCUCCCACGCGCACGCCUCUACCAAUCACACGCCGUGCCCCUCCCCCUCUGUGCAGAACGUGUUGGAGGCGGCGGUGGACGCGGUGGCACACGUGCCGGCGUACGGCCACCGCGAGCUGCUGCUGCUCUUCGCGGCGCUCGCCUCCACCGACCCCGGCGACAUCCUCCCCGCCAUCCGCCGCGCACGCGCCGCCCACCUGCGCUGCUCCAUCAUCGGUGUGGGCGGCGCUGAGGUGCACAUCUGCCGGCAGAUCGCAGAGCAGACGGGCGGCCGCUACAGCGUCGCCAUGGAUGACGCUCAUCUGAGGGAGCUGCUGAUGAGCCACGCGCCACCACCACCGGUGCAGGCGGGCAGUAUGGGCAGUGCAGCCAGUCUCGUGCGGAUGGGCUUCCCCCAGCGCGCCCCCAAGGGGGCAGCGGCGCUGUGCGCCUGCCACAUGCACCUCCGCCUCGCCGCCACCUACGUGUGCCCCAGGUGCCGCUCGCGGGUGUGUGCGCUGCCAGCGGAGUGCCCCGUGUGUGCGCUCACGCUCGUGUCCUCGCCGCACCUCGCCCGUUCCUACCACCACCUCUUCCCCGUGCCGCCCUUCUCCGAGGUCCCUCUGCCGCCCGCUCCUAAGCGACCUGCUGGGUCUGCAGCCCCUGCCGCCCCGCACAGCGACCUGCCGCCUGCCUGCUUCAGCUGCACUGCUGCACUGCCUUUCCUCGAGACGGAGGGAGGGGGAGUGCGGGUGGAGUGCCCUGUGUGUGCGCGGCACUUCUGCUUUGACUGCGACGUCUUCAUCCACGAGAGCCUGCACAACUGCCCCGGCUGCGAGGCCACCCGCCUGCCACAGCUGCCGUAG